AUGGCACCGCUCAGCAGCAUGGAUUUGCUCGCCUUGGCAAAGCGCCUCCCCGGAACAGCUACGACACGCACUUCACCACCGACAAGAGAGAGUAUGACGACGGAGGGCGGCUUUCUCGAAGCAUGGGCUCAAGGAUAUAACGUUGGCAGCUUGAUUGUUCUCAUUCUGAUCGUCUUCUGCAAUUACCGCUCUGGCAUAUGGCUUCACAAGCUUAUUCUACUUGAGCUUGUUCUUGCCAUUUGGCACGGCCUCUUUAUCUUCGUCGAAGACCCCUACUACGGCUGGUACCUCAGCUCGACUGCAAGCCUGCUUUUCAUAUCGUACUUCCUCCACAACGUUGUAUCGUGGCUCAAGAUUCGGCCAUUCUUGCCACUCUGGGGCUCUCGAUUCUUCAUCAUAUCGUUGCUUUGCGUUCAACCAUUCUGGAUAGCGGAGGCAUGGUCGAAUUUUGCCUACUUCAAUCAACUCAAAAGCGGGUCCACCGUCAAUCUUCGCAUGCGACCUUGGGAAGCUCUAGUUCGUGAUCCCUGGUGGAUCUUCACUACCUGGCGGCUCAUACAUGCUAUCAAGAAGACUUAUGCCUUUAACCUUUGGACUCUAGUCGGCAUAAACAGAAGGUUCGGCGUCAUGUUGGCAUGCAUGAUCUUGUCCAUCGUCUUCCUGCUAACAGACAUUGCUGUCAGCGCCGCGAAGGUAACGGCCAGCAGCGGUAUUAACCCAUACUGGCGGUUUGCACUUGUGUUCAAGUGCGCAUCCGAUACUAUCUUCCUCGACGACUUUAAGUCCGUUCUAGAUGAUAUUGUCGCACGCAAGUUCAGUUCCGUCGGUGACUCUAUGCGUCGCAGCUCGAUACCAGGAAGCGGGCCCCAUAAGCGCUCGCGCUCUACCUCCCGCAACGACGAGUUCAUCGAGUGCAGCACUCUCGAGCCGCCCGAGCCCUUGCCAUCGUAUAACGACGGUCCUAAGACCAUGCCGCGGCCGAAAUUCCGCUCUCCGUUUUCGAAGACGCAUACAGCACCAGAAGUUCCGACCAUUCAUAUACAGCAGGCUGAAACCGAAUCGUCAAGGAACCCUAGUCAAGAUAGUUGGGAUAGUCAGGGUCCCGUGCUACCCAGACCAGCGCACACUGUGUAUCGUAACCCAGAGUUAAGAGCGAACGAGAGCGAUGGGAGCUUGCUCAUCGGCAGGCUUGUCUGA